UUCACUCCCUUUGUGGUUUAGCAAAAUUGAUGCAUCACAUCCUGCAUUUUAUAUUAUUUAAAGAAAACAAUUCAAAUGGAUCAAUACUUUUUAAUUUAUUGAAAUGUUAGGUACAUCUCUACAGAAUUAAAGGUAUCCUAUUUUAUGUAAUUAAAAAAUAUUGUCAAAUUUAAAUAGAGAUUGAGUUAUGUGAUUACUUUAAUUGCACAAUCAUGAAAAUGCAAGCGAAUGAUGGAUGGGGCCAAAGUGGGGUCAUUCUUAAAAAAACGUCCUUUUACAUCUUCUAAAGUCUUGGGCUGAGUCGAGCCCACAAUUACAAAGACAGCAUACAUAAAGCUAUCUUGCAGUCUUUGUUAAACUAAAAAUCAAUCCCUCCUACUCUUUCUCAUCACACCACAAUCAAGAAAAGCUUUCUUUUUUUCUCUUUCAAGUCUCUCGAGUCCGAUUUCAGUAUCAAGAAAUUGUUUUUCUCUUGUUCUCAUACGUCUCUCGAAUCCGAUUACAAUGUCGAAGCCAAAUCAAGAACCUCCAUCGAUUUUGAUCAGAGAAGUAUGGGCGUCCAAUUUAGCAUACGAGUUUUAUCUGAUUCGUGAAGCUAUUGGUAGGUAUCCUGUCGUAUCAAUGGAUACUGAAUUUCCCGGAGUUAUUCAUUUCUCUACCGUUGACGCUACUAUCCCUUCUCAUCGCCGCCAAACUCAACCGGUUGAUUGCUAUAACUAUUUAAAGGCCAACGUUGAUAAUUUGAAACUCAUUCAAGUCGGUCUCACUCUAACUGACGCCAAAGGUAAUUUCCCUCAGUUUGGAAGUAACAAAGCUUAUGUAUGGCAGUUCAAUUUCUGCGAUUUUGAUAUAGAGCGUGAUCUUUGUGAUCCUGCUUCUAUUGAGCUGCUCCGCCGUCAAGGGAUUGAUUUCAAUCGCAAUCGUUCUCAUGGGAUAGAUUCUGCUCGUUUCGGUGAAAUGUUGAUUACGUCUGGUCUCGUGUUCAACAAAUCCGUUGUUUGGGUUACCUUCCACAGUGCCUAUGACUUUGGAUAUUUGGUGAAAACGUUGACUCGACAAAAUUUACCUGACAAAUUGGAAGAUUUUCUGCACGUUUUAAGGAAUUUUUUCGGAGACAAUGUUUAUGAUAUUAAACAUAUAAUUCGGUUCUGCAAUGCUUUGUACGGUGGACUUGAGCGAGUAGCUACUACAUUGAACGUGGGUCGGGCGGUCGGAAAUUCUCAUCAAGCUGGAUCAGAUAGUUUGUUGACAUGGCAUUCAUUUCAAAGAAUGAUUGAUCUCUAUUUCGUUAACAAUGAAGUCCAGAAACAUGCCGGUGUUCUAUUUGGAUUAGAGAUUAAAAUUUAGAGAAACAGAUAAAUAUAAAUUGUAAAGUGUUCUAUUUCUAUUAGAGAUUACUCUUUAGAGAAACUGAGAAAUAUAAUUUGUAAAAGGAUGCAUUAUAUGAAAAUACAAUUAUUUUGAUUCUUUAA